AUGUCUAUCUCACUAAAGAGUCGCGAUGGUAGAACGAUGCAGGAAAAGCUUAUCCGGGCACUAAAAGAACGGUUUCUAAAUGACAAUCGACCACCUAACGGGCUUAUAUACGAACGCAUCCGUCACUAUAAGGGGCUUCCUAACGGGGUUUUAAAUCGAAUAGCCGCUAAUGAUUGGUGGGCCGCGCUGGAGACGGUUCCUAGGAGCAAAAAGCGAAAAUACUUGCGGCUGUUUUUGAAGCACCCCACACUCCCUCGAAAACUAGACUCGCUGCUUAUUAUCACCGGUCUUUGGGAGGAUAUGCGAAUCGGGCUACUACAUAAAGUGGUUGCUAUGCGCUAUGAUGAGCUAAUCGGAUGCUACUGGGAGUUUAUCCUAAGUAUAUUCCUUAGGCUAGUUAGAGGAAGGCACGAGCUUCUGCCUUUGAUUAAUAGGGGCACAAUAAUAAGCGGUAAGCUUUUUUGCGGUAUUCUAGAUAAGCAGCGACUUAAGAUCUGGGAGCAAUUGAAGGGAAUUGACUUCCCGAUUCCGACUCUGGCUACGUUCUUUAGGGACCGACUAUACCUUGAAGUUAGCUAA